UAUGAUAUAAACACUCUCCAACUCAAGAAGCAUUUCCUCAACAAGCAGAAGCUUUACCAUCCAGAUGCACAGACUGGCAAGUCAGACGAAGAAGCCGCUCACGCAUUGCAGACAUCCUCACUCGUCAACAAAGCCUACGAGACACUCCUUCAUCCUCUCAGCCGGGCUGUAUACAUCCUCGAACUCAAUGGCAUCGAAAUCGGAGAAGCCGAUUCUGUAGAAGAUCCAGACCUGCUCAUGGAAAUUCUCGACCUCCGCGAGCAGCUGGAAGAGGCUACCAGCGAGGAUCAAGUCCAAUCACUCAGGGAGACUAACAAGGAAGCUAUCAACUCGACUAUCAACGACGUUUCAGCUGCUUUCCAGAAUGAAAACUAUGAAGACGCCAAGAACCUCACUAUCAAGCUGAGAUAUCUAACUAAUUUGGAUACUGCAGCAAAAGAU